AUGUCAAAUCCCAACCGGGUCGAGAGGCAGCAGAGGCUAGUCAAAGCCAUUGGCCAGAUGGUCAACAAGCCCGCACCUCCCGAGAUCGACUUCACUGUUCACACCACUGACGAUGGAACCCAAGUCAGCACUCAGGAACGCGUCAUCAAGGAUGUACAAGCACCAGCAUUCCACAAGCCUACAGACGAGCAGUUCUUCAGUCAGAAGGAUCCCACCAAGCCCGACAUCGCCUUCUUGAAGAACCACUUCUACCGCGAAGGCCGCCUCACCGACGAUCAAGCUCGCUUCAUUCUCACAAGAGCCACCGAAAUCCUCCGACAGGAACCCAACUUGCUCGAGGUCGACGCUCCCAUCACCGUCUGCGGUGAUAUUCACGGCCAGUACUAUGACUUGAUGAAGCUAUUCGAAGUCGGCGGCAACCCUGCGGACACCCGCUACCUCUUCUUGGGAGACUAUGUCGACCGUGGCUACUUUUCCAUCGAGUGCGUUCUCUACCUCUGGUCCCUCAAGAUCUGGUAUCCCGACACCCUCUUCCUUCUCCGUGGCAAUCACGAAUGUCGUCAUUUGACCGACUACUUCACCUUCAAGCUCGAAUGCAAACACAAGUAUUCAGAAGAGAUCUACGACCUUGUCAUGGAGAGUUUCUGCACCUUGCCGCUUGCCGCUGUCAUGAACAAGCAGUUCCUCUGCAUUCAUGGUGGCCUUUCUCCCGAGCUCCAAACUCUUGACGACCUUCGCAGCAUUGAUCGCUUCCGCGAGCCUCCGACACAUGGCAUCAUGUGCGACAUCCUCUGGGCCGACCCCUUGGAAGACUUUGGUUCAGAAAAGACCAACGAGAGCUUCAUCCACAAUCACGUCCGAGGUUGCUCCUAUUUCUUCACCUACAAUGCAGCAUGUCAGUUCCUCGAGCGCAAUCAGCUUCUCUCCAUCAUUCGAGCGCACGAAGCGCAAGAUGCCGGCUAUCGAAUGUACCGCAAAACAAAGACCACCGGCUUCCCUUCCGUCAUGACAAUCUUCUCGGCACCCAACUAUCUCGACGUCUACAACAACAAGGCUGCCGUUCUCAAGUACGAGAACAACGUCAUGAACAUUCGGCAAUUCAAUUGCACACCACAUCCAUACUGGCUUCCUAACUUCAUGGACGUCUUCACAUGGAGUUUGCCCUUCGUCGGGGAAAAGAUCACGGACAUGCUCAUCGCCAUUCUCAACGUCUGCAGCAAGGAGGAGCUCGAAGAGGAGGAGGAAGAGGACGAGAUCCCAACCACACCCACCUCAUCGGGCGAAGAGGAGACCGCAGAGCGCAGGACAAUGAUCAAGAACAAGAUUCUUGCUGUCGGCAGAAUGUCUCGUGUUUUUGCCCUGUUGCGAGAAGAAGCCGAGCGUGUUUCCGAACUCAAAUCAUCAGCGACUAGCGCAAAGCUGCCGUAUGGAACGCUCGUGCUUGGUUCUGAAGGAGUCAAGGAAGGCAUUGCCAACUUCGACGACGCCCGAAAGGUAGAUAUCGAGAACGAGCGUCUCCCUCCCGACCUGAUCGAUGCCGACGAGGCUGGACCCGCUUCACCUGCCGAUGGCGCCCGUGUCUCUUCCCCCGCAUUCGAGGAUAUGGCCUCGCCUGGCAGUCCAGCGUCGCCUGCGACGCCGAGUUCGCCCAUCGCAGGUGGUCACCGUCGCGGACACUCUAGGACGAGCAGUCUUGGCACGACCAUGUCCAGUCCCUCGAACCGUCGUCGUUCACUAGAGUCGACCGUCAGCAUGAUUCGUGAGGCGCUCGAAGGUACCGAUGCAGCUGACGACAAGCACUUGGAAAAGCUUGCAAACGACAUCACAUCACCUGUUUCGCCUAAGAGUGUCGACUCGCCAGCGCAAGCCAGCUCUUCCGCGAGCAAGUGA